AUGGGAAUCAAGGUAGCUUCCAAACACAUUGCGCCUGCUCUAGAAACCGAGGAUGUAAAGCGGAGGCGCAUGAAAGGAGGCAAAAAGGUUCUUGCUCCUGCAAAGGAACAGCGUCUCGCCCACAAGACAGGACCGCUGGAAACACCGGAGAGGUCAUCUGGAUCCCGCAGCUGGGCCACGGUUUUGGCCAAUACACUUCGGCACAAGGAAACCCUGAUGAAUGAGGACUCCACUGGGCCAUCAUACCUGAAAAACCUUCUGAGUCCGGUGUUAGGUCUCAGAGUUACGGAUGUAGGUGAAGCCAAAGGUGGACUGUCGUGGUCAGCCGAGAACAUUAUAGCAAAAAACGAGGUGGCUCCUAGGGUAUUAGGCCUGAGGAUUCUGAUGCUAUAG